AUGGACUCGAUAUCGGUUGGCAAGGGCUCGGAAGAGGUCGUGUCCUCGGAAGGAUGCAAUUCCUACCAGGGCUACGACGACAAUGCCGACAAGCAGAUCAAACAGCUUGCAAGAGAGUUCACCAGAAACAGCCACGUCAAUGACGCACUCAACGAGAACGAAUCCUACCACGAGAGAACUGAUCACGGCGCGGACAAGUCGGAGGACGACCAGGAGGAACAUUUCGACCUCCUACGCACGAUGACGUCGAUGUCCCAGGUCCCCGGCGUGGUGCCGGUGAACGAAACCAUCGACCCGCGGUUGGACCCCUCCAGCGACAGCUUCAGCUCCAAAUUCUGGGUCAAGAACAUCAAGAAGUUGAUGGACUCCGACCCGGACUACUACAAGCCAACCUCCUUGGGCUUUGCCUGCAAAAACCUCGUCGCCAGGGGCAUUUCCUCCGACGCCGACUACCAGGCCAACUUCUUGAACUUCCCGUUCAAGAAGGCUAGAGAUUUGUACUUGAACGUCUUGCGUGGUAACGACCAGUCCAGAUACUUUGACAUCCUCAAGUCCAUGGACUGUUUGAUCAAGCCCGGGAGUCUCACGGUCGUUUUGGGUAGACCCGGUGCAGGUUGCUCGACGUUCUUGAAGACAGUUGCCUCACAGACAUACGGUUUCAAGGUUGACAAGGACUCUGUCAUCAGCUACAACGGCUUGACGCCAUCAGACAUUGAUAACCACUACAGAGGUGAAGUCAUUUUCUCUGCGGAAAUGGACAACCAUUUCCCUCACUUGACUGUCGGUCAAACUUUGCAGUUUGCCGCCCAGCUCAGAACUCCGCAAAACAGAUUUCCAGGAGUUGACAGAACAGCUUAUGCUGAGCAUAUGUCCCAAGUUUACAUGGCAACUUAUGGUCUAUCCCACACAAUCAACACCAAGGUCGGUAACGACUUCAUCAGAGGUGUUUCCGGUGGUGAAAGAAAGAGAGUCUCUAUUGCCGAAGCCUCCCUAUGUGGUGCCAACAUCCAAUGUUGGGAUAACGCUACUAGAGGUUUAGAUGCAGCAACUGCAUUGGAGUUUGUCAGAGCAUUGAAAACCUCUGCACAUAUCCUAGAUACCACCCCAUUGAUUGCCAUCUACCAAUGUUCUCAAGAUGCAUACGACUUAUUCGAUAACGUUGUCUUACUUUACGAAGGUUACCAAAUCUACUUUGGUCCUGGUAACAAGGCCAAGGCCUACUUUGAAAAUAUGGGUUACGAGUGCCCUGACCGUCAGACUACUGCUGAUUACCUCACUUCUAUCACAUCUCCUGCCGAGAGAGUAGCAAGAAAGGGAUGGGAAGACAAAGUCCCAAAGACCCCUAAGGAAUUCGAAACAUAUUGGAAAAGUUCUAGAGAGUACUCACAAUUGAUUGAAGAUAUUGACGUGUACUUGGAUGAUUGCAUUAAAUUAGAUACCCAAACAACAUUCAAGGAUGCCCACGUUACCAAGCAAUCCAACCAUUCAAGACCAAGUUCUUCUUACUGUGUUUCAUACAUGAUGCAAAUCAAGCUUAUUUGCCAAAGAAAUAUGUGGAGAAUCCGAGGGGAUCCGUCGAUUAUGCUGUUUUCUGUCAUUGCUAAUAUUAUCAUGGGAUUGAUCAUUUCCUCGUUGUUCUACAACUUGCAACCCAAUACCGCCACAUUCUAUUACCGUACCGCUGCCAUGUUCUUUGCCGUUUUGUUCAAUGCUUUCUCCUCGUUACUUGAGGUUAUGUCCUUGUUUGAAGCUAGACCUAUUGUUGAAAAACAUAAGAGGUUUGCAUUAUACCACCCAUCUGCCGAUGCCCUUGCUUCAAUUUUGACUGAAAUCCCUGCAAAGCUUUUGACAUGUCUAGGUUUCAACUUGAUCUACUAUUUCAUGGCUCACUUCAGAAGAGAUCCAGGUCGCUUCUUCUUUUAUUUGAUGAUGAACUUCAUGGCAACUCUAGUUAUGUCGCACAUUUUCCGUUCUAUUGGUUCCUGUUUCGACACGUUGGCUGAAUCUAUGCCUCCUGCCACUGUUUUCUUGACCGCCAUGGUCAUCUAUACCGGUUUUGCUUUGCCAACACCAUCCAUGCUUGGCUGGUCUCGUUGGAUCAAUUACCUUGAUCCUGUGGCGUAUAUUUUUGAAGCUUUGUUAACCAAUGAAUACGAUGGUCGUGAGUUUGAGUGUUCUGUUUUCAUUCCUCCGUAUCCAGAUGCUAAAUUGGAAAACCAAGUUUGCAGUUCUGUUUCAGCAUUGCCUGGUUACAGCUACAUCAAUGGUACCGACUACAUUUAUCAAUCCUACGAAUAUCGUAACACUCACAAGUGGAGAAAUUUCGGUAUUGUGGUUGGCUUCAUCGUUUUCUUCCUCGGUGUCUACUUAGCAUUGGUUGAAGUUAACAAGGGUGCCAUGCAGAAGGGUGAAAUCAUUCUAUUCCAACAGUCUACUUUACGCAAGUUAAGAAAGGAAAAGAAGAUUUCUGAAGUCACCGACAUUGAGUCUGCUGGAGAUGGUAAGGAAAAGUCUGCAGGUGUUUACGAUCACGGUAACGAAUCAUCAUCUUCUGAAUCUGACGAGGUCAACAACCUUGCUGCAGGGACAGAUAUCUUCCACUGGAGGGAUGUUUGUUACGAAGUGCAGAUCAAGGAUGAGACGAGACGUAUCUUGAAUCAUGUUGAUGGGUGGGUUAAACCAGGCACAUUGACAGCAUUGAUGGGUGCGUCUGGUGCAGGUAAGACCACACUUUUAGAUGUUUUGGCGAAUCGUGUGACCAUGGGUGUUGUUUCAGGGUCUAUGUUUGUGAAUGGUAGAUUGAGAGAUCAGUCAUUCCAAAGAUCGACUGGUUACGUGCAGCAACAGGAUUUACAUUUGGAGACAUCUACUGUUAGAGAGGCAUUGAGAUUCUCUGCAUACUUGAGACAAUCUAGAGAGAUUUCCAUUGAAGAAAAGAACGAAUAUGUUGAGAGUAUUAUUGAUAUCUUAGAAAUGAGGCCAUAUAGUGACGCCAUUGUUGGUGUCACUGGUGAAGGUUUGAAUGUUGAGCAGCGUAAGAGAUUGACCAUUGGUGUUGAGUUGGCUGCCAAGCCUAAGUUGCUAUUGUUUUUGGAUGAACCUACUUCUGGUUUGGAUUCCCAGACUGCUUGGUCCAUUUGUCAGUUGAUGCGUAAACUUGCAAACCACGGACAGGCUAUCCUCUGUACGAUCCAUCAGCCAUCAGCGAUCUUAUUGAAGGAAUUUGACAGAUUGUUGUUUCUUGCCAAGGGUGGGCGUACAGUGUAUUUUGGAGACCUUGGAGAAAACUGUCAAACAUUGAUUAACUACUUUGAGUCUCACGGAUCGCACAAAUGUCCUCCUGCUGCAAACCCUGCGGAGUGGAUGUUGGAAGUGAUUGGUGCUGCUCCAGGAUCACACGCGAGCCAGGACUAUCACGAGGUGUGGAUGGCAUCUGAAGAGAGACAGGCGAUCAAGGAAGAACUUAAUAGAAUGGAGACGGACUUGUUACAGAUUCCUGUUGAUGAUUCUGUUGAUGCUAAGAGAAGUUUUGCUUCCACAUACUGGAUGCAAUACUGCCAGGUCACCACUCGUGUUAUGCAACAGUACUGGCGUACACCUACUUACAUCUGGUCCAAGCUUUUCCUUGCAGGUGCUAACUCUAUCUUUAACGGGUUCUCGUUCUUUAAGGCAGGUACGUCAUUACAAGGUUUACAGAACCAGAUGUUGUCUGUUUUCAUGCUUUCCGUUAUGUUGAACACAUUGAUUCAGCAAAUGUUGCCAUUAUACAUCAAACAGCGUUCCAUUUAUGAAGUACGUGAAAGACCGUCUAAGACAUUCUCUUGGUGGAUUUUCCUUGCUGCUCAAAUUUCGUCAGAGUUCCCAUGGAACGUGUUUUGUGGAACAGUUGCAUAUUUCUGCUGGUACUAUCCUAUUGGAUUUUACUCUAACGCUGCUAGCACAGGUACCACUGCACAGAGAGGAGCACUUUCGUGGUUACUAAUUGUUGGUCUAUUCAAUUAUGCGUCAACUUUAGGUCUUGCAUGUAUUGCUGGUGUUGAAGAGGAGCAGAAUGGUGCCAACAUCUCGAAUUUGCUUUUCACAAUGUCUUUGAACUUUUGUGGUAUCUUGAAGUAUCCUACAGGAUUCUGGUCUUUCAUGUACCGUGCCAAUGCUAUGACGUAUUGGGUUGCGUCUUUACUUUCCGCAGGUGUCGGGGACACCGAGUUGGUGUGCUCGAAGAAGGAAAUUGUCUACUUUGCCCCACCUGAAAAUAUGACUUGUGCUGACUACAUCGACCCAUACAUGAAGGCUAAUGGCGGUUACAUGACCGACAUGAAGGAUGGCUACUGCGGAUUCUGCACGGCAGACUGGGGUAUUUUCAUUUGUUUCAUUGCCAUUAACGUCAUUUUCAUGUUCUUCUUCUAUUGGUUAGCAAGAGUUCCGAAGAAGGACAACCGUGUGAAGGAUGCUGCCUCGUUGAAGAGUGAGGACAAAAAACCUGAAGACAAUCUUCCAGAGGCUGUUUGA